UUGCAUCAUCUUGAGCUUCCUAGACUACUAUCGGACCACACUCGUCCUGUUGGAGGUGGUCUAGACUCGCCACAACUCGUCUGCUGCGUGGAUGGCUUGCCUGGGUUCCACUGGUAUGCUAGUGGCGAUGGUCGCACAGUUGGUGCACUGGCGGCUGAGGUCGCGUGGUCUGAUCGCGCUAUUGCCGAGGCUCGCACUGCGGGGCUACUAGGACACAUGCGGGUCGCUAUGGAGAGACGCGAGUCGCGCGAGAGGGGCACGGUUCAUGCUGUGGGCACUGGGGAGACGUGGGGUAACGUAGUCUGUAUGCGCGGGGCACUGCGAGUCUGCUAUCUGCAUGCGCGGUCUGCGCACGGGCAUGUGCGGGUCGCGCUUAGUUCGCGCACGGUGGCUCGUAGGGCUUCAGCGCAUAUGGCUGCGGCUGGUGGUGCUGGGCAUGCCAGUCGAUGCAUCUUCCUAUGGUGGUGGUGCUCUUUAAGUUUUGUGAUCAUAAGUCCGAUUCGGCGGCUUGGGCGACUGCCGGGGCUGACGGACGGUCAAUUGACGGCGGUUCCAUCGGGCUGGUGCGGUGCGCUGCUACGUAGACGCCGGCGAGGUGAAGCGGCGGCGGAUCGUGGCUGCUGUCGCGCGUACGGAUUUUGGCCCGACCAGGUGUUGUUGUUCUCUGCAGUGGGGCUGCUCUCGGAUUCUUUCAACAGGUGGUCGUCGGACAGAAAUCGUGGAGCAACUCACGACCGACUGUUCUGCCGGUUCCUGGCGGCGAAAGCUCCGGGUACAAUCGAGUGUUGUGGUUCUCGGCUUCUUGCGGCCGGUCGCCGGAAAGCGGGGCUCUCGGCGACGAACGGACUGAACGAAGGUGCUGGGUCUUCUCGCGUGGGGUCAGCCUGCUGGUUGUGGUGUUCGGCUCGGCGUACGGGCGGUUUCGGUUGCUGCUUCCGGGGAAAAACCGAGAGGAUUUUGAGAGACGAUUGCUGAGCGUGGCUGUUGGAGCGUACGGUGGUAAGAACGUGCUCGAGUCUGUGCUGGAUGGAUGGCGUCGCUCGCGGAACCAGGCGUAUGGACGCUGAACGGUACGAGACAAGACGCACGGGAGCGGAUCUAGGCCGUAUGGGCAUGAACGGACACGGGGUCAUGCAAGCUCGUCGGUGUACGGGCGCUGCGGUACGUCGCCAUGCAGAUAGGCUCGAGCAGGGACGGAAGGCAUGGUGCAGUGAACGGACCUGUACGGACGGUGAGUUGAGCUCGCGCGUGGAUGCUGCCGUGUGUGGAGGAGCUAGGACCGACGGGAAGACUCGACGUGGAGUCGUAGAUGUUUACCAAGGGUACCCCACUGGUCAGCGGGGUUUCCUUGCUCCUCAUCCACAGCUUGCUGUAGAUUCUGCCUGCUUCCGUCUUCUACCUCUGUGGCAGUAUGCCGAUCAGCUUCUUAGUCCCUUCCUAGUGGGUCAGGACGUUCUCCCUCCUCCUUAUCAAUUCUUCCCACCGGUUGAGUACCUCAUGUAUGUUUUCACCUACCGUCUUCUCUUUGUCGAACGUCAAUUGGUCAAACUCCCGAAGUUUCCUACUGGUGAUGCUUUCGGGGCCUAA